AUGGCAGCGCCGUCCUCGCCUGUGUCGAAGAAGCAGAAGAGAGCGCAUGAGGCGGACGGCGGGCUGGUCGCGGACAGGCAGCAGCAGCAGCAGCAGCAGCAGCAGCAGACAGAGAGACUCACGCCGCCCCCGUCGCCAUCUCAGGAUACGCAGGAGAAUGCUCAAGCGAAUGCUCAAGUGAAUACGCAGAAGAACAAGAUAGACACCGACGGGAUAGCGGAUGACAUCGUCGUCGCCGUCAUCCAGCAGCUCGAAAAGACCGGCAACAGGCCGCAUCUCAUCAAGGAGCUUGCCCAGGUCCUCUCCGCCACCACCGACUCCAUCGCCAAGCUGUCGCUCUACCUCAAGCGGCCGUGGACUCCCCUCGCGCCGUGUCCCAUCGCCAAAGAGCUCAUCCCCGUCCACCCGCGCAAGGUCUUCUUCUACCUGACCAACACCCCCCGGCAGCCGCUGCCAGCCUCCUCCCAGGACAUCCUCUCGCCGGCGCCCUCGCCUUCAGUCGAGAAAGAAGUCACUCCCUGUCCGUCUCUCUCGCUGCCGGACCUCGACCGGGAUGGAGAGGACGACGACGAGGAGGACAGGUCCAGGAUGAGCCUCAGUCCAGAGGUCGACCUCGACUACAGCCUCGACAUGAUGAUGGCCUCAGACUCCUUUGCCUCUUCUCUGCCCCUACGACAGCAGCAGCACUCGCACUCCCACGGCCACCGCAUCUCGCACAACCACCGGGCUGCCUCGCCGCCUCUCGAAGGUGACGAGCGCGAGUUCACCCUCACCGCCAGCAUGGUCAGGGAGCGCACGACCGGUGACGACGGCCAGGCAGGCAAGUUGCGCGGUCUCUUGCUUGAUUCGCCGCCAGCCUCGCUCGAUCUCCAGGUCGACAUGGACGCCUCUCCUUAUCUCGACGGCCAGGCUGCCUCCGACCAGGGCGAGUAUGGCCACCACCAGUAUGACGACUACUUUAGCAGGCCCAUCGACAUCCCUACUGCUACUACUACCACCACGUCAGCUGCGUCGGCUGCGUCUACUUCUACCUCUCCAUCCGAGGCUCCCGAGAUGCUGUAUAGCACCUCGCCUUCGCCCUCCGUCGCUUCCGAGAUCUCCUUCUCCUCCCUCACCACCACCGCCACCUCGGACUGCGACUCGGACGAAGACGUCAAGCCUGCCACCGCCCGUCUGCGCGCCCACAAGAGAACAUACGACAUGUCCUUCCCCCUGGACGUCAUCGAUCUCGACCCCCGGAAGCAGUACAGCCAGCUCUCGCUCGACUGCGCAUUCAGCUUCUCCCUCGACUCCUGGGCCGACUUUCGCAGCCCCGAGACGGUAGAAGUCGACGAACUCGACGCCAUCUUCGCCGACAUCUAG